CGUGUGGAUCCGCGUGCCGCAUGGCCGCGUAGAUGACGAUGAUCCCGGUUGCGCCUGUGCCUGAAUAUACGUAUAUGUAUGUAUACGCAUACCUAUGCGAUGAUCACAGUAUCGUAUGUACGUACGUUAGAAUAAUGGGCGUCAGACCUAUGCCGUCGCGGCAUUGGUUGCAACGGGGGUGUAAGAGGCGGGGCUGUUCGGAUCUCGUUAAAAUAUAAAUGUGUGUAAGUGUUAUGUUGGAGGUUCAGUGUUACUCCCGUUGGUAGAGAAGUAAGUGUUGUCGAGGCAAGCGACAGAGGCAGACUGCAGAGUUUGAACAAGAUCAGUCGGGCAUCAAGCCCCGGUACAACUAGUUCAGUUCGUUAACUUUGGUUAAAACUAAUCAAAAUUAAUCAUAACCGCAACAAUUGAUCGCAAUUGGUCCAGAUUCCAUUACGCGCCGUUGGCAAUCAUCCACAUUUUUGCAUAUAAUUGCUCGCCGCUAGUUUUAUAAUAAUUUGCGUUCAUUUUUCCCCGGACUCCUAAAACAAAAGUUUAAAAAUUAUUCAAUUAAAACAUAUUGAAAUACCAUCAACGGGAAACCUGCGAGGCUGCCGCAGCAUCCGAUAUUGGGAGAAAAGAUCGGAUAUAAUAAUUUGUUCUCCUCUGAAAAUAGUAAUAAUAAUUAUACUAUUGAUAAAAAUAAUACCAUGGAAGGUGGACCGUUCGACGACCCGAUAUUUUCCGAUUUUGGAAACAGAGGCGGUGGCGGAAGCGUUCACAGCAUCCAAGUUAUGCUCGGUCUUCACGGUGGUCACCACGGCGCAGGUGAUCUACUUCCGCCAGGAGGUCACCUUCAUAAAUUAGAUUCAUCGAAUAGUCCACCGACCCAUCAUCAUCCCCACGUAUCCGUUAGUCAUCAACUGCAACAGAAAGAACUUAAGGAACUUGAAUUAGCCGGAAUGUACGCACCGCUUUCUCAGACCCAGGAAGUAACAACGUCCACAUCUUCUAAUUCCGCAACUCCGACUUCGACGACCCUUCAACAGGGGCUGCAGCUCAAUAAUGCUGUAAAAAGAAAACCGGAUGACCAAAUAAACUCCAUGGGUGCAGUGAGCAGUGAUUCUCAGCCGGCUAAAAAAGACUCGAAAAAGAAGACCGACAAUAAUGGUAUCAAGAAAAAGAAAACCAGAACAACUUUCACUGCAUACCAACUUGAGGAAUUGGAGCGUGCUUUUGAGCGAGCACCCUACCCGGAUGUCUUCGCGCGCGAAGAACUUGCCCUUAAAUUGGCGUUGAGCGAAUCAAGGGUGCAAGUUUGGUUCCAAAACCGUCGUGCAAAAUGGCGUAAACGUGAACCACCGCGAAAAACAGCAAGUUAUAUGACAGCGGGUUCUGCGAGUCCAGGAUUAAGCGGUUCUUUCACAUCAUUAAAUAACACUUUAAAUCCAUUUACCUCAUCGGCAAGUGCUGCGGCUCCACCAGAUGCCUGGGCGUACACUCCUGCCUAUGAUUUAUCACCUCAUUUAAAUCUUCUUAGUCCAACAAACUCGCCUUACACAUCAUCGGCUUUCGGUGGUCCGAGUAACAACGGUUCGGCUUAUUCGUACGCUGCAAUGAUACCUCAGCACGAUGCAUCCCUCUUCUCAGCACCUACAAACAACAGUAUGCGUGUUCACCAGGAUUAUAUGAACGCUAACAACAGUCCACCGCCACAAUUAACUCGUGCAGAUUAUCAGACAAUGGUCAAUACUCAUUCGCCACCAACUCACUUGACGGGUUCCAUGUCCGAGGAUGAACAUCCUGGAAAGCAGCUUGAAUAUGUGAGCGGUCUCAGCCCCGCUGACAAAUAUCAGCAUGAUCAAGGUGAUUACUCCCAGCAGCAACAGCAACAGCAGCAGCAACCUCAGGAUCAAAAACAGGAGUACAAUAUGCAUUCACCUCCGGGUCGGCAGGGUAUGAAGGAUCAAGUUCUUGUAAAAAACGAACCCGGUAGCCAACAGAGUUAUGUGCAGCUACCUCCUUUUUUGAACUGACUCGAACCCUCAGGUUCGAGUCUAGAUUUGAUCACUAAUAAUCUCAUCAUCCAUUUAGAUGUACGUACAUAAAUAAUACGUACUCGACCUAUUAGGUAUUCUCAAUGAUUCACUGUGGAAAAUUAUUAUUCAUUAUUGUUAUCAUUAGAUUAUAAUUAUAUCGAUAAUGUUAUUGAUAUUAUUACCAUUAUUAUUAUCAUACUCUGUCUGAAGACAAAAUGCAGUUUUGCUCCCAUACGCAUAUAAUAUUUCAUGUUUUCGUCUACUACAGAGCAAAGUAAAACAAUUGUGCCAUUCCUUGCCUUUAAUUAUAGUGCCUUAUCUCUAUUACGAUAGCUUAUGAUGUGUAUAUUGAGAAUCCGAAUUUCGCUUGGCCUUAAAAUCAGAUGAUUAACGAUAAUACGUAGUGAAAAUUGAAAAACUGUUUUUUUUUCGUUAUUCUGAAUUGUUAUAUAAUAAUUUGAUCGCCUCGAAUAUAGGUAUUCCAUUACGUAUUAGGUGUAUUAUUACGUAAUACGUUACUGUAAUUUCUAUAAUUUAAAUAUAAAUAUUUUGUACAGCCCUGUUAAGAUGUUGAAAACUUGUGAAACGACUAAAUGAAUGAAUCGAGUUCAUUAUAUACGAUAGUGAUUGUCGUUGCCGUUGAUUUUGAAAAGUGUUGACGUUUUUUUUGGCCAGUUUAUAGUCAUACGCGCCAAAUAUAUAAAGUUAAUAAUUGAAAGUUAGCUUUUUGAUCAUUGAGACUUUUUAAAUAAUGAUUUUAUGAUACCCAUACCGGUAAAAGUCCUUCUGUAGUAAGUAAUUGAAUAACAUUAAUUAUUUUUUAAUAAUCAUUCAUUUAUGUACGUGUAAUCAUUAUCAAUAAAAUACCUGAAACGGAUAUUUAAAAUUA